GCACCUCAGACUCAAGGCAACGCUCUGCUCCUCAUCAUCAUCCUGGGAAUCGGAGGCAGCUUCCAGUCUGGUUAUCACAUUACAGGACUGAGUUCUCCCUCACCUUAUAUUCAGCGCUUCAUCAACCACAGCUGGUGUGAGCGAUACAACAAGCCUCCACCUCCACAAACGGUCACCAUGAUAUGGUCCCUCGUUGUCUCCAUGUAUGCUGUCGGUGGACUCCUCGGUGCCGUCAGCGUUAAGUUCUUCUCAUGGAGGCUUGGAAGAAAAAGAACAAUGAUCUGCAACGGCUUCAUCUCCAUCGUCGGGGCAGUUUUCAUGCUUACAAGCAGACAGGCCAAAUCCUUUGAAAUGAUCAUUGUUGCAAGGAUCCUGUUUGGUUACUCAUCAGUGAGAUCCUCGGUCGUCAGGAGCUAUGGGAUGUUGUCCUCUGUGUUCCUGCAUGUUUCUCUGUGAUUCUGGUUCUGACGCUCCCUUUUCUUCCUGAGGCUCCAAGAUAUUUAUUCAUAGACAAAGGAGACGAUAAGGCAUGCAAAAGUGCUCUCCAGAGUCUGUGGGGCAAAGGUGAGUACAAACAGGAAAUGGACGAGAUGUUGAUCGAGCAGACGGCUCUUCAAGCAGUUCCACCAAAGACCGCCCUGCAGCUGCUGAGGGACAGGACCCUCCGAUGGCAGCUCAUCACCAUGGCCACCAUCUACAGCUGCAGCGAACUGUCAGGCAUAUCCGCGAUCGGCACCUUCUCGUUCGACAUCUUCCUGAGGGCGGGCAUWCCAAAAAACAAGAUCCGCUACAUCUCUCUCGGUCUUGGAGUGUCUGAAAUCAUCACCUCCCUCUUCUGUGGUCUUCUUAUUGAGCACACGGGGAGGAGGCCGCUAUUCUGGGGAGGUUAUGGUGYCAUGGCUGCGUCCUGGGUGUUGGUCACCAUCACGCUUAACCUGAAGGGUUUAGGCUCCUGGGUUUCAUAUGUUACUACUAUUCUGAUCAUCCUCUUCAUCAUCUUUUUCCGUGGAGGACCUGGAGCAGUCACAGCCACUCUCAACAGUGAGCUCUUCAUCCAGUCCGACCGGCUGGCAGCUUUCGUCGUCAUGGGGCUGCAGCGCUGGUUCUUGUUCGCAGUGCUGGGACUAAUCUUUCCCUUCCUCAUUAAUGCUCUGGAUUCUUACUGCUUCCUGCUGUUCAGCUGUGUGUGUGCGCUGGGCAGCCUUUAUACCUUCUUCAUUCUGCCUGAAACUAAAGGCAAGACCCUGCUGGAGAUCUCUGAGGAGUUUAAAACCAUCACCGUC